CCGCAGGCUGCGUCUGCAGCUCGGUACGCUCCCCAGACAUGCGUGAAACGUACUGGCAAACACCUCGUAUCGGCUGCCUAUUCCAGUAAAGCAGGAAAAAUGAAGGUCGCCUUAGUAACCGUCCCACUUGUUGUCGUCGUGAUUGUUGUCACAGAAGUGCAGCUCGCUAACGCAAGAAGUACAUACAAUGCGGCCGGCAGCCGUGGACGGCAACAAGGGUCGAGUCCUUCGAGAACGGAACGGAAACCUACCGGAACAAGGAACUCACGAAAGCCAUCAGGGGUGCGGAAUCCGAGGGGACCUAGACGUCCCGUCAGAAAGCCAGGGGCACAAGUUUCAGCAGGUCGAAACAGACCAACACAUGGGAGGGGACGAGUCUCGAAGAAGCCUGCGAGGAAACCGGAAACUGGAAGUGAACACUCGCCCUCUGCGACCGGUAUGCAGCACCAUGGAAUGGAAACUAUGGGCGGUGGACACGGCGGUAACAUGGGAGUGAUGGGCGGAGGUAUGAUGGGUGGAGGUAUGAUGGGCGGAGGUAUGAUGGGCGGAGGAAUGAUGGGCGGAGGAAUGAUGGACCCAAUGAUGAUGGGGAGCGGUAUGAUGGGUGGGGGCAUGAUGGACACGUCUAUGAUGGACCAAACGAUGACGGACGGAGGCGUGACGGACCCAACGAUGAUGGGUGGAGGCAUGAUGGGCGGCAUGGGCUACGGCGCAUACGGUUUGCCAGGAAUAAUAGGCCAAAUAGGAAACUCGUUGACUAAUGCGGCGCUCCAGAUAAGGAAGGCGGUUGUCAGUUCAAAACCAAGUCCAGAUUUGGGUCGUCGCAUUGAGAGUUCGGGAACCGCAACUGAAACGGGUGCAAGUACGCCAGAAAGCUCAGUAAAGCCAAAGAAGGGGGACGAAAUCGACAACGAAAAUGGUACGACAGAGAAAAAAGAUAAGCCCCUCAAGAAUGGCAAAGAGGAAGCGGAAAGUUCUACCACAGGCAAAGAACAAGAUAAACCAAAGAAGGAUGACAAGGAGGCAGCCGAAAAGAAUGCGACAGAAAAAACAGCAGGAAAGAAAAAGGAAGACAAAGCGGAAAAUGGAAGUUCUUCGACAGACAAGAAAAAACGUGUUUGACACUGAGACAUUGCGAACGCCUUGGACAAAUUCUAUCUCGAUUGUUAUAAAGAUAUUGCGAAAGCAUACCUGUGAAGACCACUGGAAACGGCCCGAGUAUAUGUCACCAAUAAAGUAUAUUUUAAUUUUA